CUCUCUCUCUCUUUUUCUCUCUUCUCUUCCCUCUCUCUCCUUUCUGAUGGGGGAGGGAGGGUGGUGACAACUUAGAAGCGCUUGCGGCAGGUCCCCGCCCCCACCGGGCUCCCCUUGCAAAGGCAGCACGCAAAGGUAGAAGCACCUCACUUCUCAGCAUCCCGCCCUGGAGGGGCUGCGCCCACUGGCCGGGCCCUCCGGUUCCUCAGUCACAGGACGGGCUAGCCGUUCUCCAUGGUACUGCGGAGAGCUCAGCUCCGCCCUUCUCUUUCAGAAGGACAGCACCCGGCGUCACGUAACCCAGCCUUCUCCGGCUCCACCGCCGCCUCUUCCUUCCCAGCUCUUUCCCUCUCCUCCUCCUCCUCCUCCUCCUCCUCCUCCCGCUGCUGCUGCUCCCUCCGUUGCCUGUUCUCCCCUCCCGCACUCCUGGAGAUAGACGCUCAAGCCUGACGCCUCCGAAAAGGCAGCAGCAGUCGCCUUAUCCUUAGACCUCAGGAAAUUCGCUUUGACUGAUGCCUGCUUCAGGCUCUGGCUCGAGCUAAGGGGAAUAACCACGCAGAUUUCUGGGUCCUUAUGAAAAGACAAAAUACAACCAAAAUGCAUCACCAAUCCACAACCAAUUGAUGUGCUAGCAUCUGAGCUUGGUCUUCCAGAGGUGGAGAGGAGGAGGAAGAGCUGUUGCGAUUUCCACAUCUAACAGCUUCUGGCUAUCUCACAACUGCUGGGUUGGAGUCCUGCUGCUGGGGAGGUUAAAAACAGAAGUAAAAUCCACCCUGUAAGACCAGGCACAAGGAAUUGAGCUGUAGCUGCAGUGUGCUGAGGUACACGACAGGAUGGAAGAAGCAAGCCUCUGAAGCUGCUCUGAGGUUGAUAAGUGGUGCCCUGAAAAGGCGACACUCCUCCCUGCCUUCUGGUUUGGGGCACUACAUCUGCAGGGCCAGCACUCCAGGCAUCCACAAGCAUCCGAGGAUACCGGUUCAUUGCUGGCUUUUGUACUUCCCUGAGACAAGUGUUUGCUUCUUACCGACUCUAACUGCUUCACCUUUGCCUGGUCCCACUGGUGGUACUUGGCAGGGAAUGGUAUUUGAGGAGUGAAAUAUCUGCUGACACCACACAUGCCCUUAAACUAAUUCAUCAGACUCCAAUGGAUCAGUGAUAAACCACUGAUCUUCUGUUGACACCUUUUCCAGCACGUUGCCUCCAAAGUGUACCCUCCCUUUGGUCUGGAAGUUCUGUGGCUGCCCUGUACCACCGGGGUCUACGUCUUCCAGUUGGAAGGGGACUACAGGGAGAGAGGGAGGGGUUGUUGGAAGAAGAAGAAGAAAAAAAGAACUAGAUAAAGGAGGGUCCAUCCCUCCCGCCCUGCCUGCCCCCUUUCCCUCCUUCCUUUGGGGAUCCUUAUUUCUUCAUCACGGUGUCCAGGACCAUUUUGACCCUGUCGACCCCGGCACCCCCCCGCCGCACCCCCGCCCCGAGCAUGGGGACGGCGCUGCUCCAGCGCGGGGGCUGCUUUCUGCUGUGCCUCUCGCUGCUGCUCCUGGGCUGCUGGGCCGAGCUGGGCAGCGGGCUGGAGUUCCCGGGCACCGAGGGCCAGUGGACGCGCUUCCCCAAGUGGAACGCCUGCUGCGAGAGCGAGAUGAGCUUCCAGCUGAAGACGCGCAGCGCCCGCGGCCUCGUGCUCUACUUCGACGACGAGGGCUUCUGCGACUUCCUGGAGCUCAUCCUGACGCGCGGCGGCCGCCUGCAGCUCACCUUCUCCAUCUUCUGCGCCGAGCCCGCCAGGCUGCUGGCGGACACGCCGGUCAACGACGGGGCGUGGCACAGCGUGCGCAUCCGCCGCCAGUUCCGCAACACCACGCUCUUCAUCGACCAGGUGGAGGCCAAGUGGGUGGAGGUCAAGUCCAAGCGCAGGGACAUGACGGUGUUCAGCAGCCUCUUCGUCGGGGGGCUGCCCCCCGAACUGCGCGCCGCCGCGCUGAAGCUCACCCUGGCCUCGGUGAGGGAGAACGAGCCCUUCAAAGGGUGGAUUCGGGACGUGCGCGUCAACUCCUCCCAGGCCCUGCUGGUGGACAGCAGCGAGGUGAAGCUGGACGACGAGCCGCCCAACAGCGGCGGGGGCAGCCCGUGCGAGGCGGGCGAGGAAGGCGAGGGAGGGGUGUGCCUCAACGGAGGCGUGUGCUCCGUGGUGGACGACCAGGCCGUGUGCGACUGCUCGAGAACCGGCUUCCGCGGCAAGGACUGCAGCCAAGGUAGGCCCGACGCCCGACCCGCGGGGCCUGGGCCUGGGCAGGGUGCCGCAGACUAUGAAGAGUCCUGUGAGAGCAGCAGUAGUGGUGGCUCCGAACUGGAGCCUUCUGGCCAUCAGCUCUUCUGCUUAGAAUAUGAGGCAGACAGUGGAGGGGACACAUCAGUCAUUGUGUAUCAGGACCAUGACUCAGGAAGGGUGAGUGAGGAGGUGUCAGCACACACGCCUCUGGAUCCACUGAGCAAGGGGCCCUCAAGUUGGCCUCCAAGAGGAGACUGCAAAGCACCAGAGCCGACACUGACCUGA